AUGUUUCAGUUUGUAACCUAUUUUUUGGGUGCCUUGGUGGCCCUUAAUUUGCAUGAAUCAAUGGUUGAUUGCCAGGAUAAUCGCCGAUCCGUGUGUCUACUGGACGAUCCUCCAAGGCAGUGUGGCCAAUUUUGUCUCACCAAACUGCAUCCGAUAAUCGAUAUGGUUCCUGGAAUCGAGAGAAAGUUGGAUCGGAUUGAGGAGCAGAAUACAGAGGCCCAGGAAUCCAAAAAGGACCUCGAGUCGAGGCUGCAGGACCUCCACACCCAGCUGGAUACCCAACUUCAGGCGGUACAGACCAGUCUACAAACGCUCCUCAACAGAACCGCUCAGAAAGCACUUUCCAAAAUUCCACCGCCGAAAUUCGAGCUAAUCGGUUCGCGAUUCUUUUAUAUAGAAACCAAUAAUAUUAAAACUUGGAACGAGGCUGCAGCCGCCUGUCGCCAAAUAGGCGGUUAUUUGGCGUCGAUCCAAAAUGAAUCGGAACUUGAGGCCAUCGCAGCAAAACUGAAUCCCGAUUCUUAUUACUGGCUUGGCAUCCAUGAUCGGGGCAAAAGUGGCGACUUCCAAUCAUUGGCCUCCGGAAAGACAGCUAAAUUUUUAAAGUGGCAUACCGGAUAUCCCAAAAACUUGGAACAGAAAUUGAAUUGCGUUUGGCUUUCCAACGGAGAAAUGCAUGAUUUCUUUUGCAACUCUAAAUCUUAUUUCAUUUGCCAGGCAGACAAGGAAAUUUAG